GUUCAUAAUCAUUUAGGAGAAUGUUCCCUUAGGGUUUCUCGGAUCUAAUCUUCCUUGGGUCUCUGAAAUUUUUCAUCUCCUUCGAGGUAAAUGAUGUAGAGAACAGGUUAUCAGAUCCUUCUCCCCUUCACCCGGCAAGCCCUUUUAUCUUGUUUCCGGUUCAGAUUCUCGUCUGUCCUUUUCCAUUUCUGGAAACCCUAAUCCGGGUCUUGCAGAUCCGGUCUGCCUCCUCCUUCGCUCGGUUCCCCGUUUCCUUUGGCAUCGUGCAGAUCGUUUCUUGGAGCUCUUCGGCUGCUUCUUUCGGUCUCGUUUCUCCGGCGCGAGGAGACAAGCGAAAUAUGGUGAGAGGGAAGACUCAGAUGAAGAGGAUAGAGAGCAACGCGAGCAGGCAGGUGACCUUCUCGAAGCGCCGGAACGGGCUGCUCAAGAAGGCCUUCGAGCUCUCGGUUCUCUGCGACGCCGAAGUUGCCGCCGUCGUCUUCUCUCCUUCGGGAAAGCUUUACGAGUUCUCUAGCUCAAGCAUGAGCAACAUAAUAGAACGGUAUCAGAGGAAAGCAAAGGAUCCGGGAUCCAGUGCAGAAACUACCGAAAAUGAUUUACAGAAUCUGAAGGGAAACUCUCUAGACAUGAUGGUAAAGAAGAUUGAACUUCUUGACAUUUCGAAAAGACGGCUCUUAGGAGAAGUCUUAGAUACGUGUUCCAUCGAGGAGCUACAAUCAACGCAGAAUCAGUUAGAGAGAAGCUUAAGCAGAAUUAGGGCAAGAAAGCUCAUGCAGAAUCAAAUCUUGAAGGGGCAAACUGAGCAGCUGAAGCACAAGGAGAAAAAGUUGUUGGACGAGAACAGAAAGUUACGGGCUAAGUUUCAGAACGAUGAGCUAGAGCCGCUGAAAUCUGUGACCGAGCCUCAAGAAGUUCCUCGAGGACGGGGACUGGACGUGGAAACCGAAUUAUCCAUAGGAUGCCCUCGAAGACAACGAUUAUACAUCGAUCCACAUGAAGAUUGUUUGAGCAUACACUAGCUGUCUGAAGUGGUUUUGUUAAGAAGCUCCCAUUACUUGCAAUUCUCUCUCUCUCUCUCUAAUUUUUUCGUGAUUGAGUUCAUGACAUCUGUCUGAAGGGGUUUUGUUACCCAAAUGUUAGAAGAUGGAGGCUUUAAUCCUUCGCCUCCUUGUACUUUGGAGCAUGUAUUUGCUACUAAAAAAUAAAGAACGUACCUAGUGUUUGCGC